UCCUAAACGCUAGUUGGCGCCCGCAAUUAAAUAAACGAAGAAGAAGAGCAGACGUCCGUUACGUGCAGUUACUGGCGUUCAAUGUCAGUUUGAUGCAUGUUUUUUUUUUUACGUUUUUUUAAUUACACAUCUAGUUAAAUCAUUACCGGACUAUCAUGCAGACAGCCGCACUUAGAGUUUUUUGCCACUGGUCUCAGAGUAACAGCACAGCGAUGAUUCGUCAGUGUUUAAAAUGCAGAGCACUAACUCUGCAGCAGAGCUCUCGCGCUUACGGUGUAAUUCCGCCCCCGCGCGACAGUGAGGAGAAGGAGAUGGUGCACCGGAUGCUGCGCGUGGACCAUGCUGGAGAAUAUGGAGCCAACCGCAUCUACGCCGGCCAGAUGGCAGUGUUGGGUAGAUCGAAGACUGGGCCAUUCAUUCAGGAAAUGUGGGAUCAAGAAAAGAAACACCUUGAGAAAUUCAAUGAAAUUCUUGCUGAGAACAGAGUUCGCCCCACAGCACUGUUACCUUUCUGGAAUAUUGCUGGGUUUGUAUUAGGGGCAUCAUCUGCAUUACUGGGAAAAGAAGGGGCCAUGGCCUGUACUGUGGCAGUGGAAGAGAGUAUCACUGAACACUAUAACAACCAGAUAAGAACUCUGAUGGAGAAGGACCCAGAGAGAUACACUGAACUGUUACAAGUGAUAAAGGAAUUUAGAGAUGAUGAGAUGGAACAUCAUGAUACAGGACUGGAGCACAAUGCUGAAAAUGUACCUGGAUACUGGCUAUUAAAAAAUGCAAUACAGUUAGGUUGCAAAGCUGCAAUAUACGUUUCCCAACGUAUCUAACGCUGUUCUUAAAGCAACUGAAUUGUUUUGUUAUUCUGACUCAAUUUUGUAAAUGACUUAAUUUGGACUUGUGUUCUCACUCUGCAUCUUUGUAAAUGUAAAUGAAGUACUUCAACACAAUGUACCUGAUCAUAUCUGUUAAAAUAGAGACACUUGGUGUUACCUACUUUGGGUGUUGUUUACAGUACAUACACAGGCUCUGGGAGGCAAACAUUUCUAUAAUAAAUGUCAGGUCUUGCUUCUGUUUUCUGAAGGCAAAUUUUUACUUUUGUGUUGUGUUACUUUUGUGCUUGCUGCAGGAAGGUCAGUCUGCCUGUCUGAAAAGUGUCAGAGUGUUGAUGAGAAAGUGAGAAACUGGUGAAAUAAAGAUACUCAUGGACUUGAGAUAUUUCCAUGUGUACAUGUAUCCAGUGACCCCCACAUACAUAACAUAUUUUUCAUAUAAUUGUGCCUUAAGUUGCUUCAGUGUUUCUCGUAUCGGCAAGAGCUGCAAAGACCAAUAUUUUAAUAACUUUUAGCUGCCUUUGACCAAAAGCUAGACUCCCUAAACACACAUGAUAAGAACAUAUUAAUCCAAGUACAGACACACACACACACACACACACACACACAACCACCACUACCACCACCAUACCAUUCAACUCCUGUUUCACAUGUAAUAGUUCAUAUAUCAAGCUGAGCAAUGACUUGUCAUCCAGGCCUAACUGCUAAGCAGCCUCACACAGCUGUUCUGGGUACAUUAGGUCACUGAGCAAGAAGGCUUGUCCAGGGGCCCCUAAUAUUCAUCAGGUUGUGCAGCUUGAGCCAAAUGUUCAUUCCCCCCUGACUCAGUAUCAUUCUGUCCAUAUGUCCAUUCAGUUGUGACCCAAACCUGAUUUCUCCUAGUUUAGCAUUUUCUGAGCAUGAGCAUAUGAUACAUGCUGACUCAUGGCCAGUAGUGGGGGUAUUAAUCAUCUUGUUGGUUGAGCAGAUAAUAAUGUUAUUUAAAAAACUGAAAAUCUGAUAUUUAUUCAUUGUAUGUGAAUUGAUAAAUAUAAAAAAAUAAAAACAACAGACAGAGUCAUAGUAAAAUGUUCAGUUUGAUUGUGCCAUCAUAAGAGGUUCAGCCUGCACAUGUUAGAUUAGAUAUUGAAAUAUGCAGAUUUCACUUUCAGCUGCUUUUUAAUGGUGGGUGCCUGACUGCAGGUCAAUCUUUACAUUUGCUUCAUGGGUUAAAUAAUGUUAAAUAAUUUGUAGUCUGCAUUAUCACUGUUAGGUGUUUGUGACUCACUAAAUAAGCCUUACAGAAACUAAACCAGGGUGUAUUCAUGAAUGCGCUACAGCAGUGUUUUUAACGGGGGGAGGGGAAAAAGUGUUUGUGUUAUAUUCCAGUGAAAACUGAAUGCCAGUUUUUCUGACUACUGCUACUGGAACGCUGUCAACUCGGGUAUGACGUCAUUUCCAGCUCCAACGUCCGAGGUAAAAGGAAAGCACCAGUAUAACUUUGUGCCUUUUUCUUUGA